AGAAAAGGAAGAACCCCGUGUGUGGGUUUGUCACGCCGCUGGAGGGUUCGGAGGCGGAUGCUCACGGCAAACCUGAGGCCAUUGUUUUGGAGGGAAGCUACUGGAAGAGACGGAUAGAGGUGGUGAUAAAGGAAUAUCACAAAUGGAGGAUUUACUAUAAGAAAAGAAGUCCUAUCAGCAGGACGGGCCUGGAGAAGUGGACCAGUCAGAUCUAUCCAGAGCCUGAGGCAGCAUCAGAGGAAGUGCACAUGUUUGACUUGGAUUGCUUCCUGUCCGACAUCUCAGACACGUUGUUCACAAUGACCCAGAAACCCAGUCCCUGGAGUGGAGACCGCCAAAACAUGUACACCAGUAAUGCAGAUAUGAUCCAGCCCGGCUUGACUCCAUUACAGCCCAACUUGGAUGACCUGAUGGACAUACCAGACAUUUUCCUGAGUUUCCGCGGGCAGCCGAUGGAGCACGUGGUUUAUUCAGACUGCAGCUUCUUUGAGAGUUCAUCAAGCGGGGCGUUUCCUUCAACUGCUUCCUCUGCCGUCACCAGUCAGAUAAUACACACAGGACCUCUGCUCACACAGCCUCCUCUCUCAGCUGAAGGUUUAUCCCAGCCGUCCUCAUCUGUAAACCUACCUGGACCCAGUUAUCCUCGCCAGACCAUCGACCCCGACAUGACCUUCAACCCCAGUGGUGAAACCUCAGAGCCCAAGUUCAAAGGUCACUCAGAAUACAUCAGUGACUUCCAUCACUCUCUGAACCUCUCGUCUGGCCUGGUCCCGUACGGUCCGCAGACGCCGUUCAGCGGUCACAGCACUGAGAUGCCAGGUGUCAUGGCACAGGAAAGCCCUUACCCAUCAGCCUGCCUCAGACACAGAUAUUCCUCCAGCCAAUCACAGACCUGUGCGGCUGCCACGUCUACAGUCAUCACCCACACUGGCUCUGCCAUGACCGGCCUGCCAUUGGACGCCCAGCAUGGAUACUCCAGCGUGGCUGAGAUGUUUCCUCCUGCCACCUGCAUGUCUUUGAGCUACCAGCCCAUGACGGCCACCCCAUCUCUGCCUUCGCCCGGCGUCUCUCACUGCUUCUCUGUGCCGCAGCAAGUGGGCGUGGCCACUGGCGGGGGGAAGCACAAACAAAAGACAGGAGGAGCCCAAUUGGUUCCCAGGGUGAUGACUUCAUCUACAGCCCCGCCCACUCAGACGAGCUGCCUGGCCAAUCUGCUCUCUUCCAGAUCUCAAGAGCGAAAGCCAUCGUUGAGUUUUGAUGCUCCGUCAGCGGGGUUAAAGGGCCACAGACCAACGUCACCCAUCUCUCAGCCAAAGAGCAGCAGUCGAGGAGGAUCGCAGAUUUCCCACAAUCCCCCCUGGGCCUCUACUGCAGUCCCUCCACUCUCACCGUUACAUUGUCAGAUGCACAUGUCAACCCAUGGCCACAGCGGCACCCCACAGGGAAGCACCAUCUCCUCUCUGCUCACGCAACAAACGCCACUUCUCACCCCCAAAACAGAAAAACUCUCCCCAGUACAAAUGCACACAAGUGACAGGAGCAGUUUAACAGUUAGCUUUUCAGGAAACAUGGGACAGACGUCACCUACGAAUCCACCAGAGAAAAGCCCAGAGUCGUUGCCUGGACAAGCCAAGAUGGAGUCCACAAGAACAGACACACGACGGAUCACACACAUUUCUGCCGAGCAGAAGAGACGGUUCAACAUCAAGCUCGGCUUCGACACGUUACACAGUCUGGUGACGACUCUCAGCUCACAGCCCAGUGUAAAGAUCAGUAAGGCCAUGACGCUGCAGAAGACGGCGGAGUACAUCAGUAAGAUGCAGCAGGAGAGAGCUCAGCUCCACGAGGAGGCCCAGAGACUCCGAGACGAGAUCCUCACGCUCAACUCUGCCAUCAAUGCGUGUCAGCAGCAGCUUCCGGCUACAGGCGUCCCAAUAACACGACAGCGCUUCGACCACAUGAGGGAGAAGUUCAGAGAGUACGUGAGAGCUCAAACGCUGCAGAACUGGAAGUUCUGGAUCUUCAGCAUCCUCAUCGAGCCGCUGUUUGAGUCGUUUAACGCUAUGGUGUCCACAGCCAGUGUCGAUGAUCUGUGUCGCAGCACUCUGUCCUGGCUGGACCAGCACUGCUCUCUGCCCGCGCUCAGACCCACUGUUUUGAGUUCCCUCCGUCUGCUCUGCACCUCCACAUCAAUCCUCUCAGACCCCAGUCUGGUUCCUGAACAGGCCGUCCAGGCCGUCUCUCACGGACAUUCAUCCCACAGCUACAGCCAAUGACAGCACACGCUCGCAAAACCACAGCCAAUCACACGACCCACAUGCGCAUCCAAUCAGAACACUCGUCCCGCAGCAACGACCAAUGACAUUUUACUCUCUCACAAAUGCAGCCAAUAAUGCUCUUUCCCACAAAUGCGCAAGUGCUUAUUGAUGGUAAAAUGACUACAGCUUUAGUUGAGUUUUUAUUAUUUAUAGGAAAACCGAGAUGAUGAUCAGAAUUGAUGCGGAGAAGAAAGAGGAAUUGAUGUGAGCCAGAUUGAAACUCAGUUUAUCGGAUCAGAGGGUUCAGUAUAUUGUAUUCAGUUCAGUUCAUUGUUCACGUGCCGUUUAACGCCUCACUGAUGAAGACACAGCAAACAUUUUGUUGUUGUUAUUGUUUUGUAAUUCUCAUAAAACUAUCAGUCAGUGUGAGUGUGAUACAGUGGGGCAUAUUAUCUAUAACGUUCUGUGCCUUGUUUAUGUUUCCACAUGUAAUUUCUGCUUUGGACUGUUUGGCUGCUCUUUUAAAAAACUCCUCCCAGGAAUAAAUGUAAGA